UUGGUCCAGACAUACACCGACUGUUUCCGCCGCCUCGGCCCGACGACACACUUUCCCCUCCGGUGUUGAGCGGAGAGCAGCACUGUCUGAACUCAUUCGUCCACAGGCCGAGGACCGCGCUGAAGUCGGGUCUCUAGACACGGCUCUGCCUUGAAACGUCGAGGCUGGGCGGGAGAGAGAGGUCCAAAAUGUCUGAACUUUUUAUGGAAUGUGUGGAAGAGGAGCUGGAGCCGUGGCAGAAACCAGCUCCAGAAGUUCACUUGAUAGAUGAUGAUGAUGAUGAACCCAUCUUCGUUGGAGUGCUCUCUAAUAACCAAAAGGAUAGUAAGCCUAACCCUCCACCUCCUCAGAGGAACAGUGUAGGAAAACAAGAAGUUAAAGGUCCUGCUCCUCAGCCGGUUCUGGGCCCUUCACCAAUAAUGCUGCCAUUGAGUAUCACUGGAAAUGCAGUGAAUACAACAGCACCCAAUCUAUCAACAGUGACCCCUCAGCCAGUUAUUGUCAACAACCAGGGCUUCAUCGUCACUUCUCCGCAAUUAACGAACAACAGCGAGAUCAUUGCCUCUCUUGGGACACAGUACCCUCCUGGGACUUCAUUUACAAUUGUACCAGCUGGUCAGCAGCAUCUUUUUCAGCGGGUCACUCCAGGCACAGUAUUACCUGGUGUUGUCCAUCGGCCUCAGGUGCAGCAAAUCAGCAACAACAUUGUGACGUUGUCUAACGUCCAGAGCCCUGCUGUGUAUUCAACCAAAUCGAAUCCGCUGCAGGUCAACAGGUCCAACACACAAACCCUCCAAACCAUUUCUGUACCAGUUAAGGCCAAUAGCAAUAACAGAGAUCAAAGUUUACUGAAACGAGGAUUGCCACCACAGCAAGUAGAAACUGUAGUAAAAAAAGUCAAGUCUGAAAUGGGGCCAGUGAAAAUAACAGACCCAGUGGAAAAUGGGAUCGUAAAGAAAAAGUGCCCAAAGUGCCAAGAAGAAUUCCCUCAUCAGGAGGCCUUGAAAUGUCAUGUGAUGAGUUGCUGUGCAAACGCUGUGGAAAGUACAGUUCCAUCGGCCCCGAGUAUUAGUUCAAAUAAGCGCAUCAUGUUGGUAUCAGAUUUCUACUACGGCCGAUUUGAGGGAGAUGGGAACAAGAAGGAGGCGCAGAAGACCAACCACACUUUCAAGUGUCAGAGCUGUUUGAAAAUUCUCAAGAACAAUAUCAGGUUCAUGAACCAUAUGAAGCACCACCUGGAGCUGGAAAAGCAGAACAGUGAGAGUUGGGAAAGCCACACAACUUGCCAACAUUGCUACCGACAGUAUAUGACUCCAUUCCAGCUGCAGUGCCACAUCGAGAGCGCUCACAGUCCGAUCGAAUCGUCAACUAAUUGCAAGAUAUGUGAAUUGGCAUUUGAGUCGGAGCAAGUGCUCCUGGAACACAUGAAGGACAACCACAAGCCUGGGGAAAUGCCCUACGUCUGCCAGGUGUGCAAUUAUAGGUCGUCCUUCUUCUCAGAUGUGGAGACACAUUUCCGAAGUGCCCAUGAAAACACAAAAGUCAUGCUGUGUCCAUUCUGUCUCAAAGUUCUUAGAAGUAGUUACAUAUACAUGCAACACUACAUGAAACAUCAGAAAAAAGGGAUCCAUCGCUGUGGAAAAUGCAGGCUGAAUUUUCUCACCUACAAGGAGAAACUGGAGCACAGGACUCAUGUCCACAAGACUUUCAGAAAACCUAAAGCUCUGGAGGGUCUUCCUCCGGGAACAAAGGUGACCAUUCGGGCCUCCUUCACAGGAAAGACGCCCGUGUUGCCGAACUCCCCCGAUCGAUCUGGUUUCAUUGUCAGCCCAGAAACGAUAAGUUUCAAUCAGCAAACCAAACCUCCAGUCAGUGUGUCCAAGUCUAAAUCAAAUGUCUCCGGAGCCGGAAAAGCUAAAACUCCUCAGAACAAGAAGCAAGUCGGUCGUACUUCCAAGCACAACCUGUCACUCAAGAACAUCAGAGUGAAGGGAGGGCGUUACACGUGCAUCGAGUGCAACACGCAAGUCGACGACUUCUUUUCUCAUUUCCCAAUGGCUUCAAAUUGUGGCGCCUGCAAAUAUCGGACAAGUUGCAAAGUUUCCAUCGGGAAUCACAUGAUAAGAUUUCAUAGUACCAUCACCAAACACAGAUUUUUGAAAAUGGAUAAUAAGAAAAAUUCAUCUGCAUUAAAAUUCACGCUGGUCUGUCUCAACUGUGACCUCCUCGUGGAUGCAUCAGGUGGUGACCUGAUGACCAAACAUUUAACCGAUAGACCGAAUCACACAUGCAAAGUCAUUCAGGACAAAGAUAUGAAAGCCAAAGAUCGAGUGCAUCUUGUCUACGGACAGCCAGCAAAAGUCUUGUACGUCUUGACAUCAGCACCAGCUCAAACACCAAAGGAAAUGGACUUGAAACCAGCUGAAAGUGUCAAAUCUGAAAGUGUUACUCUCGCAACUGUUGACCAACCAGACUCAGAGCCGACGUUACCAGCAGGCGAUCAGGAAAAGGGUUCCACAGAAAUGAGUAACGUCACUGAAGGUUCUUCCGAAGGGGAGGCGAAGCAGUUGUCUCUCUCCGGUUUAUCGUCUUCCUGUACAUCAGACGGGGUUUUAGAUCUCUGUGAGGAGUCCGUGGUGAACUCGGAGAGCCUGGAUGUCAGAGAGGAAUCCUCUGUCUCACUGACUGAGACAGGAGAACCUAAAUCAGAGUGAACCUGCACGUCUCCAACAAACAAGAAGUCUCACAGUUAUUAAUUAUAAAAAUGCUUUAUGCAGCAUACCUCAGCAUUGUAGAUUGUUACACAUCCUGAUCACAUGAUAAUGUUGCUUUGGCUGCUGGUAUUUGCUAAUAAUCCCCACAAGAUUCAAGUGUUUGACGAGCUAGUUUUAAACAACUGGAGGAAAAAAAAAAAAAGACCAGAUUUGUGAACUCUUCUGUCAAACGUCUAUCACCUAAAUAUAUGUAAAAUACUUUUUUUGUAUUUAUAAAUAAAAGUACAUACACUACAAUCUUCUUACUUGACCUGUAAACUAUAUGUUUAAAGUCAUUUGCGUACUUUUAGUCAAACGUAUAUUCAGAUAUGACAGAUGACUCGCUGUCAGCUCUUCAUUCAACUUAUGUGAUUGUAUUUCUUAAAGCUUUCAAAUGUUGACAUAAAAGCUGGCGGGCACCCAAACUGGUUGAGGUUAUCCUUGAGGAAACUCCGUCUGCCAUAAAGAGGACAGUAUUUGGCUCUGGGUUCAAUUCCCAGCGUCAGUCCAGAUGCUUCUUGGAUUUUGUGACUUAUUUACUGUAAAUCUUUCCACCAGAUUUCCUAGAAAAUCCCACCUGGUGGCUCAGAAUGCAGAUAAAAAGUCAAUGGUGAUUUAUCGGUGCAAUUUAAAUGCUGCAUGCAGUCCCUUUUUAAAAUUACACACACACUGAAAUGUCUCAAGUUUUCCUUUUGAUUUCAUUUUGUUGAAGCUUUUUGAUUCCCAUUUCUAUUGGAGACUCUUUCACAUCAGUAUCUUGAUUUGAUUUUAGAUGUUCUCAUGAGGCCUCUUCUUGAUUUGUUUGGGUUUUUAAGCCUGUUUUUGUAUGUGUAAAUAAUGUUUUUGAUAUUCAUAUCGAAGUUUAUGUUUUACCAACAACAAAAACAGAUGCUAAAGCUCUCUUAACAAUCACUCUAUUCAUCAUUUACACAAAAUUCCCAGUUUGUGGCAGAAACGUUGGUCAACAUUUACAACAUGCUGUAAACAGUUUGGGUUAUAAUCCCAGAGUAAUUUUUAAUUUGACACUUAAUUUUGCUUUAAACCCUUAAGAAAUAGUAGUACGUGUAUAGAAAAUACUAACUUCAAAUGAUCUUCUCCAAGAAAAAGGAUUUGUUGAAUGUGUAUUUUGGAUUCUUAAAGGAAAAUCUAGCAGUGUGAAGGGGCAUUAUGUGGGAAAUUGGAGGAGGGAGCAAAAAUUUAAAAAGCUGUAUACCCAAAUAGAUUUUAGAGAUUUAGAUUUUAGUGAUUUUAGUGUUUUAAAGUGCUAACCUGUAAACAGUAAUGCAGCAGAGAUGUGUACAUGUUACCUUUUGCAGUACUCAGCACAGGUAUGAAAUCUGUCUGUUAAUUAUGUACAUCCCAGGUGCUGGUUGAUUAAGUUGCCUUUUUAUUUUGCAUUUACUUUAAAAAGGCAAAUUCCCCGAAGCUCUGGAAAUAUCUUAUUUAUAUAUAUAUAUAUAUAUAUAUAUAAAUAAUGCGAUUUGUUUACUUUGUGUGGCCUAGUAUCUAAAAAUUCAUUCAUUUCAUAGAUUUUUAAAAAGUUUUCACUUGUGUAUAUACAGUAUCUGUAGAGCAAGUCUUUAUCUUUAUGUCUAUGACGGCACUGUAAAUGUAACCCGAGUCUGCUUUCAAUACAUUCCCUCAUGUUCCCCGUAGGACACAUUCUCCUCAGAGAUCUAUAAACUGUUGAGUUUGGAUCAGUGUUUUCCUGUUGUUUGGUAUGUAAAUAAAUCUUUAAUACAAGA